UUGAAAAUUCACGAGAGGUAAAUUGACUGAGUCCUGGCUCGCGAUUCACUUGCCUGUUCGUGGAAUAGCCCAACCUGAGCGCGCGGACGCAGCCCCACUCGCAGGCAUUAAGGCUUCCUGCAGCUGGCGCGAGGAGUGCGCCACGCGCGUCGCGUCUUCUUUCACAACUUCUGAGUUUGCAGCAAGCUCUGCAGGUUAGAACUCUUUUUUUGUGACAGUCGGAUUCUUUGCUGAAACUUUGCGGCGGUCCGUGUCAGCGUUUGAAGUUGUGAAGGAGCGCGUUUAAAUAGCGAAAAAGAAACGUAUCAAGCUAUUAUUAUCUACCAAUAUUUUGAACAACUCACACCACGAGCUGUUUCUCGCUUGAACGUCUAGGAUGGAUUCUGCUGGAGACUCGAAGGGAGAUGGCAAGGCAUUGGUUUGUCGAAGUGCCCCCAGGUCUCUGAUUUUCCGCUGUUUGGUGGCUUUGCCGACAGUCGCAUGUUUCAUGCUGUCGGUGAGUUCCAUCGCAAUUUGUUUUUUGGUCAGUUUUAAAACAUCCCAGUUGGAGCACAGAGUACACGCGCUGGAGAUGGAGAAAAAGUCUGUGUUCCAUCCCCCGGAAGCCUCUUUUCUGGGUGAAGACGGGACUGUACUACCUGUGUUUCGGGAUACGAUAGAGAAACUCCUGCAGGAGAGACUCAAUGAAGCUAUUCCCAAACUGCGCACGGCGAGGGACGUGGGCCCAGAAUGUUCCUGUCCACCAGGCCCUCCAGGGAAGCGAGGCAGGAUGGGGCGACGAGGCGAUCCUGGAUCUCCAGGCACUCCUGGACGGGAUGGGUACCCGGGCCCCCUUGGCUUGGAUGGAAAACCAGGUCCCCCUGGUCCUAAAGGAAGUCAGGGACCACCUGGACCUAAAGGAGAUAAGGGCGACCAAGGAGACAUCGGACCGAGGAUGGUCUUUCCUCGCUUCGACCACGGCUUUCUCUCUGGCGAUCAGCCCAACUUUCAGAGGCGCAUCCUGAAGGGUGAUCAGGGUCAGGCUGGCCCCCCCGGUCCCCCGGGGCCACCGGGGUCCCCAGGCCCCAGAGGACCCCCCGGAAACACAGGCAAGGAUGGCCCCCGAGGGGCCCCUGGAGAACCGGGAGCUCCUGGGCGAGAUGGCAUGGAGGGACCAAGAGGCCCACCUGGAAAAGAUGGUGAAGAUGGUGAGCAGGGUUUUCCAGGACCACAGGGACCCCCAGGGUCAAAGGGGGAGCAGGGCCGGCCUGGGGACCAGGGCGAGAGAGGGCUGGAUGGCUUCCCGGGACUGAAGGGAGAUAAGGGGGAUGCCGGCGAGAGGGGACCCCAGGGGGAAAUGGGACAGAAAGGUGCACAAGGCUCGAGUGAGGUCAUCGACUUCAGUGGCAAGCUCCAGGAGGCCUUUCGGGCCAUCCAUACCAUCAGUGUCUCGGGACCCCCUGGUCCCCCUGGUCCGCCAGGGCCCCCUGGAGAGCAAGGGCCAAAGGGGGAGCUGGGCUUGCCUGGGCCAUCUGGAGUUGAUGGACAAAAGGGGGUAAAGGGUGACAAUGGGGAGCCUGGGAUAGCAGGAGAGAAGGGAGAAAAGGGCGAGAUGGGCCUGUCAGGGCCAGCGGGAGUUGAUGGACAGAAGGGGGAGAAAGGAGCCUCCUCUUUGGAGGAUAAUCUGGUACAGAUGAUCUCUCAGCCUGGGCCCCCAGGUCCCCCCGGACCCCCUGGUCCUCCUGGGUUCACGGGACAUCAUGGAAUGCCUGGUCCCAAGGGGGAACCAGGAGAGGGAAUUAAGGGAGAGAAGGGGGCUGCUGGCUCUCCUGGGCUACCGGGAGUUCAGGGCCCUCCCGGUUCCACAGGACUAGUUGGCCUCCCAGGCACUAAGGGAGAAAAGGGAAAGGCAGGGGAGCCUGGAUAUGAUGGCUUACCUGGGAUGACGGGAGAGAAGGGCGACCGGGGAGAUAAAGGAGAGAAGGGUGACCGGGGGACAGUGGGAAAGAAAGGACUGAAGGGUCAGAAGGGUGAGCAGGGCCCUCCCGGGUUGGAUCAGCCCUGCCCUGUGGGACAAGAUGGACUACCCAUACCAGGGUGUUGGCACAAGGACGAGGCCGGGUGGCAGAGGCCCAAACGUAAGCGUCUCUCUCAGCCCUAAGAGGAGAGGAGGUGUGAGAGACGGCGGACACGCGGAGCUCUGUGGAGCCACUCACCGUGAGGGAUUGAGGAGCAGGUCCGGCGACACACACAGCCAGGACCUGCACGGAUUCAGCGGUGCUGCGUUUAACCAGCAGGGGGCGUUGCAGGAAUAACUGAACUUCAAAAUUGCUUUGGAAAUGGAGGCACAUCCAUUGCCAGAUCGUUUUCCUCUGGCCAACUUUCCCGACGGAAAUGAAGUCUGUAAAGGACCCCCCCCCCCCCCACUGGUAUAUGGAAAAUAUUAUUUCCUGCAUUGUUUAUGAUUGUUUUGUUU